AGAACAUGUUCCUUGCCAUCAUUAAUGACACUUAUGCCGAAGUAAAAUCAGAGAUUUCGCAAGACAGUAAUGAAUUUGAACUGGUAGAUUACUUCAAAAAGGGUUAUAAUAAUUUUCUUAGUAAACUCGGUAAGAGAGAUCAAAUUGCGGAUCUACACAAUGCCAUGAAAUUGGCAGACUCGGACGGCGACAACAAACUAUCGUUCGAGGAAGUGCGAAGAAAACUAAAACAACAAAAUUUCUCGGAAGCCGAAAUCGAAAUGUGGUUUGCAAAAUACGACAUCGACGGCAACAGACAGUUGGACGAACAAGAAACGAGGCAGAUGUUGGCCGACCUGGAAGGCCAGAAACUUCAAUUGGAUCGCGAGAUCGAAAAGGAACAGCAGAUGCCUUCGGAUGCCAGCCGUCCGGCCUCCGCCGUCGGCGGCCGUUCGGGAGUGUCUCUGGACGAUUUUCACGUUCUGUCACGUCGUGUCGAUCGAAUGGAACAUUCCAUCGGAAGCAUCGUUUCGAAAAUAGACGCAGUACUUGUAAAAAUGGAAUCUAUGGAAAGCGCCAAGACGAAACGCAGAGAUAAUAUGAAUAAAAUCUUAGACACAAUUUCUGAACACGACGGACUAGACGAGAAAGCCAAGCGCCAACAAAUGGAACAGUUGGUUCGAGAGGAGCUGCAGCGAUGGGAUUCCGACAUUUCUAUGAAUUCGCCUCGUUUUAAUGAAAAUAAUACAUAAAACAACGCCGAGUGCCCCGUUUAAAAUCUGGCACGGAGAAAGACCACUAUAACUGGAAAAAUUGCACACCAAGUUACAAUUACAAAGCUAGCACCAUCUUCACCAAACCAUCGUUUGGCAAAAUGAUUAAAUUUCGUCAAAGUUCGGUUUUAUUUACCAUCAGCCACAAGUUUAUUCUAUCGCUAGCAGUGUGCACUCGUAUUAAAAACAAUCCGUAUGAUUUAGAUGCAUUAACUAUGUAGCCAAAAUUCUAGUCGUCCUUAUUCUUUUAGUUGUAAAAACAUGAAUUUCAUAUAUAUACAUAUACAUACACACACAAUAUUUUAGUUAAAAUUUAUGUACUGCAAAUGUUUUAGCUCUAAAAUAUCAAUCAAAAGAUAGUAAGUUUUUGUAAUUAUUAACGAUACUUACAGAUUGGCGAUGACGCGUGGAAGUCCCGUAGGUCGCUCGUAACAAAUUUAGCGAGAAUUCUUUCAACCAAAAUCGAGGACGAAGCAGAUUUAGCAACCAUCGGUCUAAGUUUCUGCCCCAUGUGUCUUUGUGAAGAUCCGCGAGGAGAACACGCGAUCGACCGACAGUCGAUAAAUCUUUGCCCUCGAUUCUGGUCGAAAGAAUUGUCGAUAAAUUCAUUACAAGCUACUUAUAGAUUAAUUCAUACUACAAAGUUUAGCUUAUUUUACUUAAAAAAUUAUGUAAAAUUGAUGGAAAAAUAAGUUAUGCUCGAAUUCGUUUCAUAUGCAGCUUAGACAUAGUAGUCAACUUCAGACGAUAAUAAAACUAGGUUACAUUUUUUUUUUUUAAUAAUUAUUUCAUUAGCCACCCUUAGAAAAUGUAUGAUGUCGAAAGUACCAAUAUGCAGCAAGCAUGCAGUUUAAUUAUAAAAACUUAAUUUGUGUUUAAUGCAUUGAACUAAACUCAAAAUUAUUAUUUAUUACAAGAACAUUUCUGAAUUCUAGCAACUCUUAAAAUUAUAAGAAAGAACUUAUAAUUUUAAAACAGUACGAAAUAUUGGAAAACAGUUUCAAUAAUUUCUUGAUCUAGUCAUUACUGUGGAAAACUGUAACCAGAAAAUUUUAAUGUAAACCAAAGAUGUCAUGUAAUUUAUGAUUAUCCAUUGAAAUAAAAAUGCAUAGUAAGGCAAUUUAAUGGUGUUACGGAUGAAUUAUUUAAUGACGACGAUGUAGAAAUGACAUAAAGAGAUCUCGUAGGAUUUUUGGGAGUCGUAUAUUAGAAAGAUAGCAAAAGAUAACAAAACUAUUU